GCCCUAUAACUAAGGAAACGAAAAUGUAAAUGGGAAACUGCAACCAACGGUGGUGAUAAGCUCAAGGCCAAAAGGCUCGCGCUCUCUGAUCCAACUCUCUUCCUCUCUUUCCUCUCUCUCUUUCUCUCUCUCAUUCUUCUCCAGCGUCCGAUCACUCUCUCCAUCAAAAAACAAUUCCACCAAUCCUCUCUCUCUCCCCAACGCGCGCCAAAUACAAAACUAACAAAACCGCGACGUCUCUGCCUCCUUCUCUUCAUCUCUUAACAGUGAUUUAGGGUUUUCUGGGGCGGAUAUGGCGGAGGCUCCGGCGAGUCCAGCGGGUGGGAGCCACGAGAGCGGCGGCGAUCAGAGCCCGCGCUCGGCGGGGGUGCGCGAGCAGGACCGAUAUUUGCCGAUCGCCAACAUCAGCAGGAUCAUGAAGAAGGCGUUGCCGGCCAACGGCAAGAUCGCCAAGGAUGCCAAGGACACCAUGCAGGAAUGCGUCUCCGAAUUCAUCAGCUUCAUCACCAGCGAGGCGAGCGAUAAGUGCCAGAAGGAGAAGAGGAAGACCAUUAAUGGCGAUGAUUUGUUGUGGGCAAUGGCGACGUUGGGGUUUGAAGACUAUAUCGAGCCACUUAAGGUGUACCUAGCUAGGUACAGAGAGUUAGAGGGUGAUUCCAAAGGAUCUGCUAGGAGUGGAGAUGCAUCUGGUAAAAGGGAUGCGGUUGGUGCUCUGGCCCCUCAAAACCCACAGUUUGCUCAUCAGGGGUCAUUGAACUACAUGAACUCCCAAUUUGCUGAUGCUGAAGGUUAGGACCAUAUCCAGAUCUUCCCCACCAGACUCCUGCCAAGGCAGGAGUAAUAUUGGGUACAUGGAUGACAUAUGGUUGUUCAUUUUGUGCAAGGAAACGGGUAGGAAGUUCUAGCUUUUUGUUAACCGUCUUUGUGGAUUGUUCGAUGGGUUAAAUUAUAUGGUUUCAGCACCAAUAACUUAAUUUAUGUGGUUUUAUCAAUUAUUUUUAGCCAAAAUACUAUAUAUGUGGGGCGUUUGUUUUGGUUAUUGUCACGAAUUGGAGAGGAGACCUUUUUAGGAUUGGUCUCGUCACCUGAACAGGAUUUGAUAGUCUGAUGAGCCCUGUAAAUUUGCUCUAUCUAAGUAAUAGUUGCCCGACAAUGUUGGCUGCUGGAAUA